CAACAGCAACUGCGAGCCAGAGCAGUUCUAAUGUCCCCACACAGAUGGCAUUAACCGCAUUCAGUAGCGGCUCCGGUUUCUGUGUCACCCAACCGCAGCUGGACAACUUGGUGAUGCAGUAUAUUAUCGGAGACCUGCAGCCUUUGAGCAAAGUUGAGCGGCCAGCUUUCAUCAACUUAAUUAAGGGGUUGCAGCCAUCCAAAAAGGUGCCAUCAAGAAAAAAAGUACAGACACUGUUGAACAAGAAAUAUAAAGAAAACAUAUGUGAACUUAAGGCUAAACUCUCUGACGUCGAAGUUGUGUGCACAACAGCAGAUUGCUGGUCAGCUGUGAAUAAAUCAUUCAUGGGCAUCACUAUCCACUGGUUAAACAAAUAUGAUGUUUCUGAGAGACACUCUGCAGUACUGGCAUGCCGGCGGAUUAAAGGAGCACAUACACAUGAUGUAUUGGCAAAAGUAUUGUCAGAUGUCAACAAAGAAUUUAAAAUACACAACAAGGUUGUGUGUACAGUAACAGACAAUGCUGCAAAUUUUGUCAAGGCGUUCAACUGUUUUGGGAUGGAUGUUGUUCAUGACACUGAAGAGCCAGAGACUGUUGGAAGUGAAGAUAGUGAACCAGAGUCAGCUGCUGCUGCUGCCAGUGAGAGCUCAGACGAAGAUGACCAGAUGGAGCCUGAGCCUCUCUCAGAUCUGAAUCAUCCUUCUCUCCCCCCUCACAGAAGGUGCAUGGCUCACACCCUGAAUCUAGUGGCCAAAGAUACCGAAAAGGUAACUGAAAAACGCUACAAAGCAAUGUCAAGGGCUGUUUUUGCGAAAGCAUCUGCUCUGUGGAACAGGGUUAAGCGGAGUCCAAAGGCUUCUGAUACUGUGGAGGAAAAGAUUGGGAUUGGCUUUGUUGUGCCAAAUGACACAAGAUGGAACUCUGUAUUUCUGGCCAUGGAGCGACUGUCUCGCAUUGCAACAUUAACUACGAAGGCAGAAAUGAAUGUGGCUGUCACCUCUGCAAAUGAUGCAACUCCCCUACAUGAAGAGCUGAUCCUGCACACUGUGAGUGAUGAGUUUGGCUUUCGUCGAUUCUCACCAGAUGAAGUCAACUUCAUACACAAUUUUGUAGAUGUGAUGAGGCCUUUGGCACUCGCACUGAACAUCCUCCAAGCAGAGAAGAACAUCUAUCUUGGGUACCUGGCUCCAACCAUUGUACAACUGCAAUGUCAUAUGAAUGACCUGUUGGAUGAGAGCAUGAAACCCACUGCUGCAGAAGGUCUCAUUACAUGCCGUCCCCUUAUAAAGAGCAUCUUGCAGUCACUGAGCACAAGGCUGGCAGGUCUUCUCGAGAAGAGGGAGCACAUACUGUCUGCUAUGCUGAUGCCAAGAUUCAAGGGAGACUGGGUCCAAGAUGAGGAGAAAAGGAUACAGUACAGAUUGAUGCUGAAACGAGAAUUUCAAAGCUUCCACUAUGAUGACUCCGAUGCAAGAGACUCAGGUCAAUCCCCAUCCAGUGGUGAAAGUGACAAGAAAGAUCCUGCAGUUUCAUUCUUUAAGUUUAACAAACGGAAAACUGAAGUGGACACUUAUUUGGAUGCCCCAACCACAGAUGGGUUGGACGAAUACAUGACAUUUCCAAAACUGAAAAGGCUGUUCCUAAAAUACAACACUGCACUGCCCUCAAGUGCACCAGUAGAGCGGCUCUUCAGCAUCGGUGGUCAAAUAUUCAGAUCCAGGAGAAACCGGCUGGGAGAUGCAAACUUUGAGAGGCAGCUGAUCUUGAAUGCUAACAAAAAGAUUUGAAGGAAGAAAGAAACCGCAGAUCCACCAUUGCUUUCUUUAGGUCACUUUUCAGUAUAACUGAAAUGGAAUUUGGAAAAUGAUUUGAAAUGAAAAAACAUUUGCAUCUUAAAGGACUAUAGUCUUGUUUUUGUUUUCAUAAUAAAGACCAUUCAAGCAGCAA